CUGAGAGCUGCGCAGGCGCUGUGAGUGUGCGAGAGCAAGCAAGAAGAUAUUUUGUCCCGGUAUCUGUGGAAGAGGGGGUGUAAGAGCUUGCGGAGGGGGUUAGGAGAUGAGCUCCCGAAAAGGUGUGGUGCUGGCUAUUCAGGCCCGAAAGAGGAGGCCAAAAGGGAAAAAAGAUAAGACGGCUCAUAAAAAGCCAGAGCCUCAGCUGAAAGGUCCAUUUGUUGCUCCUCCUCCUCCUCCUCCUCCACCUCCACCACCACCGCCUUUACCAGAGUCAGCACCACCAGAACAAGAAGAAGAAAUUCUGGGCUCUGAUGAUGAAGAGCAAGAAGAUCCUGCAGACUACUGCAAAGGUGGCUAUCAUCCUGUGAAAAUUGGUGAUCUUUUCAAUGGUCGUUACCAUGUAAUACGGAAACUGGGAUGGGGACACUUUUCAACAGUCUGGCUUUGUUGGGAUAUACAGGGAAAGAGGUUUGUGGCGAUGAAGGUUGUAAAAAGUGCACAGCAUUAUACAGAAACAGCCCUGGAUGAGAUAAAACUAUUGAAAUGUGUACGAGAAAGUGAUCCAGGUGAUCCAAACAAGGAUAUGGUUGUACAGCUAAUUGAUGAUUUUAAAAUUUGUGGCAGGAAUGGUAUACAUGUCUGCAUGGUUUUUGAGGUACUUGGCUAUCAUCUUUUAAAAUGGAUCAUCAAGUCAAAUUAUCAAGGACUUCCUCUUGUUUGUGUAAAAAUAAUAAUCCAACAGGUUCUGCAAGGUUUAGACUAUCUACACAGCAAGUGCAAAAUCAUCCAUACUGAUAUAAAGCCAGAAAACAUUUUAAUCUGUGUGGAAGAUGCAUAUGUAAGACGAAUGGCUGCAGAAGCUACAGAGUGGCAGAAAGCAGGUGCACCCCCACCCUCCGGAUCUGCAGUGAGUACAGCGCCCCAACAGAAAACAGUUGGCAAAAUAUCAAAAAACAAAAAGAAAAAAAUGAAAAAGAAACAGAAGAGGCAAGCAGAAUUGUUAGAAAAACGUUUACAGGAAAUUGAGGAACUGGAACGAGAGGCUGAAAAAAAGAAAGAGGAAGAGCUUCUUAAAGCACCAGAGCCAGUGAAUGAACCAUAUGAGGAAGGGCAUCAAGAGCUCAAGCUAAGGACAGCAGUACUAGAAGAUGCUGUUUAUGAGGAUCCUGGAAAUGAAUAUGAUGAUGUUGAUGACCAAGAUGAAAAGGAAGAUGCAGAAAAAGAAAACACUGGAAAAGAUGAUGAGGAUGAUGAGGAUGAAGAGGUUGACCAAAAUUUGAUUAAUACAAACUCCAAUUGGCUAGAAUCUCCUAAAACUAAUGGACAUGUUGAAAAUGGCCCUCUCUUGCUGGACCAACAAGAUGAAGAUGAUGAAGAUGAAGAGGAAGAUUGUGUAAAUACUGAAGAGUAUAUCUUAGAUGAGCCAAAUAUUCAGAGUAAUUACAUUUCUAAUAGUCCCUUUGAACAGUUUAAUGGUGAGUUGUUGCCAAAUGGACGACACAAAAGUCCAGAGCUGCAGUUUUCCAGACAUCCAUGUUCUAUAUUUCCUGGACCUUUAGAAUCUGUAGCUUGUCAGUCAGCUGCAUCUGAUGAUGGAUCGACAAUAGAGAGAGAAGAUAGCAGUCCAUCACAUGAUAGAAGCAGAACCGUUUCUGCCUGUAGUACAGGAGAUAUGCCAAAAACAAAAACCCGGGCAGCAGAUUUAUUGGUGAAUCCUCUUGAUCCUAGAAAUGCAGGAAAAAUUAGAGUUAAAAUUGCUGAUCUUGGAAAUGCUUGCUGGGUUCACAAGCACUUUACAGAGGAUAUUCAAACCCGUCAAUAUCGAGCCAUUGAAGUCUUAAUAGGUGCUGGAUACAGUACACCUGCUGAUAUUUGGAGUACUGCCUGUAUGGCCUUUGAACUUGCAACAGGGGAUUAUUUGUUUGAACCUCACUCAGGGGAGGACUAUUCCAGAGAUGAAGACCACAUAGCACACAUCAUAGAACUGCUAGGCAGUAUCCCAAGGCACUUUGCUCUGUCUGGAAAAUAUUCACGGGAAUUCUUCAAUCGCAGAGAUCACAUAGCAUUGAUCAUUGAACUGCUGGGAAAAAUUCCUCGAAAGUUUCUUAUGUCUGGGAAAUAUUCCAAGGAUUUUUUCACCAAGAAAGGAGAACUUCGACACAUUACCAAGCUCAAGCCCUGGAGUCUCUAUGAUGUUCUUGUGGAGAAAUAUGGUUGGCCUCAUGAUGAGGCAGCACAGUUUACUGAUUUCCUUACUCCUAUGCUUGAAAUGGUUCCAGAAAAGCGAGCUUCUGCUAGAGAAUGUCUAAGGCAUCCCUGGCUUAACUCUUAGCAGGCUUAGGACGCAAAACAUAUUUUAAGCCACUUUUAUGGUUAUUAUUCAUUGGACCCAGUUUUGACUGUCUUAAAUUUCACUGAAAACACAGCUCUGCUGCUUAGUUUCCUCAAAUAAUUAUUUUGGUCUUAAGUACUGUUAAUGUUUUUGAGAGUUUGCCUUUUUUGUGGAAAGUAUUCUUGGAGAAGGGUAGCUAUUGUCAAGGAUUUACUCAUCCAUUCCUCCUUUCUGAAAAUGUCUAACAUGUCAUGGAGGUUUGUUUCCUGUGUUGCUUGACGUUAUGGUGUCCAAUCUUUGAAA